AUGGCCUCGACCAAAGAAGACAAGGACUCGAGCGAUGACCCGGGCAGAGACCAGACUUGGUUCUUGAUGAACGUGAUCAUGCAUACCGAGAGCAAGAAGCUCGAGAAGGUUAACUGGGCGACACUCGCGAAUCAGCUGGGCAUUUCCAAGGAAGCAGCUGCCAAGCGCUACGAACGUCUGCUCAAGUCCUACGGACUGAACAGAUCGUUCCAGCGAAGGGACGGCGCAGCGUCUGCGGAUGGAAUUGUCCCACCUACACCUGGUCCCAAGACUCCGACUCCCAAGAAGAAGAGGGCUCCCAAGCGCAAGCGCAGCGAACUCGAGGAAGAGGACGAGGCCAAGGAAGUCUUGGACGAGGCUUAG